GUUUAAAAUAUGUUCACAUUCAUAUUAUGUUGUCACUAAUUAAUAAUCAACAAUAUAUGCACAUGUGCACUGUGAUAACUGAACCAUAUUAUAAAUUAUGAUAUAUUAUAAAUAUAUGCACAUGUGCAUGAUGACGACAAUUAAUUUGUUAUAUUGUUAUAUUGUAGAUGUCAAAUAGGUCAAUUUCUAAAGUUUCUAUGAUUCGUACAUGUAAUUAUGAGCACUAAUUAAAUAUAUGAAAUUGCUUGUAGAUGAUAACUAUCUAACGGAUGGCACAUUAGAAAAAUCAAUAGACUGGAUUCCAGCAAUGAGCAAUCUUCGUUAUAAAGAUAUUCCAAGCUUCAUUAGAAUAACAGAUCCAAACGAUAUCAUGUUUAAUAUUGCAAUGGAUGAAGCUGAAAAUAACUUGAGUUCACCUGCAAUCAUCAUGAACACGUUUGAUGCAUUGGAACACAAAGUAAUAGAAGCGAUCGCUUCAAAAUUCGAUUAUCCGAACAUAUAUACAAUAGGCCCUCUUCCUUUACUAGCCAGAUAUGUACCGGACGACAGUCCGGUACAAUCACUCAACUCGAGUCUAUGGAUGUCAGACUCGAGUUGCUUAAAAUGGCUAGACCAGAAGGAAGAAGGGAGUGUAAUCUAUGUUAAUUAUGGUAGCAUAACUACCAUGACUGAUCAACACUUUGUCGAAUUCGCGUGGGGCUUGGCACGCAGUAUGCAACCGUUUUUAUGGGUGGUUCGCCCCGAUGUGACCAUGGGGAAUUCAGCAGUGUUACCCGGAGAACUCUUGGAAGAGAUCAAGGAUAGAGGAAUGUUGGUGAGUUGGUGUGCUCAAGAAAAGGUUUUGGCCCACCGUUCGGUUGGUGCUUUUUUAUCGCACUGCGGAUGGAACUCGACAACUGAAAGCAUACUCGAAGGUGUCCCGUUGAUCUGUUGGCCGUUCUUUUCGGAUCAACUAACAAAUUGUCGAUUCGCUUGCACCGAAUGGGGGAUUGGGAUGGAAAUUAAUCAUGAUGUGAAAAGAAAUGAAGUGGAAGUUGUUGUUAGGGAGAUGAUGCAAGGGGAGAAAGGGAAGGAAAUGAGAAGAAAUGCUAGAGAUUGGAAAAGAAAAGCAAAAGAAGCUACUGAAAUUGGUGGUUUAUCAUAUAAUAAUUUCCAGAGAUUUAUCAAAGAGGCCCUUCAUUACCAUACUUGAUUCUUGAAGAAUAAAGAUUUGAUUAAAACUUAUGUAUUUCAUUUAUGUAUGGUUUUUCUAUAUUUGAAUUAUUAUUCAAUCCACACAUACUUCAAGGAAACAAUUAGUGGCUUUAUGUACAGAGGUUUAGAGGAUGAGCCGAAUGAUGCAUGUUUCAAAGUUGUCAUUCA